GCCCCCUUCUUUCCCUUCCAGAAGGAGCGUGGUGAAGAUGGCGGCGCAGAGCUCGACGCCGAGUGAUCUUUAUAAAUGUGUUUAUUCGUUUCUGCUGCAGAACAAGUUCACCAAAGCGGCGCAGCAGUUCCUCAAGCAGACCAAAGUGACUCCACAAGAUGAGAAUGAAGAGAGUCUUGUCGGGAUCUACAACUUCUGGGUGAAAUCUCCUGAAGCCAAGAAACGGAAAGCUCCUUCCAGCACGGCUGAAGCUACAAACGGUCCUUCAGCCAAAAAGGCAAAAAAGAGCGAAGAGAUUUCCAGCAGCGAGGAGUCGAGCAGCGAGGAUGAAGAAGCAAAACCAACCAAGGCAGCUCCUGCAGCUGCCAAGGUCGUGCCUGCUAAAGCUGCAGCAGCUGCCAAAGCUGCAGCGAGCAGCAGUGAAGACUCCAGUGACUCAGAGGAGGAGAAGGCACCUGUAAAGACUCCUGUAAAGACUCCUGUAAAGCCAGCAGCCGCUGCCGCUGCUGCAGCGAGCACGAGGAAGAAAGACAGCAGCUCUAGUAGUGAAGAAUCUGACUCUGAGGACGAGCAGCCCGCCAAAGCUCCUGCAGCAAAACCUAAGGCAGCUGUAGUCACUACACCAAAACCAGCCGCUAAAGCUGCAGCUCCCAAAAAGCAGGAGAGCAGCAGUGAUGACUCGUCAGACUCUGAGGACGAAGAGCCGGCGAAGACUCCAGUCAAAGCUGCUCCUGUCAAAGCUGCUCCUGUCAAAGCUGCUCCUGUCAAAGCUGCUCCUGUGAAGCCUGCAGCUGCUGCUGAGUCGAGCAGUGAGGACUCUUCAUCUGAAGAUGAGGCUCCACCAAGCAAGAAACCCAAAGCAGGAGCGUACAGUGCCGUCCCUCCUCCUGCCUCCGUGCAGAAAGCUCCAGCUGCUCCGGCGGUCAGCAAGGCCAAAGACGGCAGCUCCUCGGACAGCAGUGACGACAGCAGUGACGAGGAAGCAGAGAAGAAAGUAGCUGUGAAACCUGCAGCCGUAAAGACCCCUGCUGCUGCCAAACCUGAAACACCCAAACCUGCUGCAAAGAAGGCUGAGUCGAGCUCUGACAGCUCAGAUUCAAGCUCGGAUGAAGAGGAGGCAAAGAAGCCUGCAGCCAAAGCAGCCCCCGCUAAACCUGCACCAGCCAAGGCUGCGCCCGCUAAAAAGGAGGACUCGGACUCAUCGAGCUCAGAGGAGGAAGAGGAGGUGAAGAAACCUGCAGUGAAGGUGACUCCUGCUAAGGCUGCUCCUGCUAAACCUGCGGCGGCUAAAGAAGACUCCUCAGACGAUGAUUCCAGUUCAGACGAGGAGGAGACGGCUAAGAAGACCCCGGCUAAACCUGCACCCGCCAAGACUACCCCGGCUAAACCUGCACCUGCCAAGACCCCCCCGGCUAAGAAAGACGACUCAUCAAGCUCAGAAAGCAGCUCUGAAGACGAGGCUCCUGCAAAACCUGCCACUAAAGCUGCAGCCCCACCAAAACCUGCUGCUGCGAAACCUGCAGCCAAGAAAGCAGAGAGCAGCUCUGACUCGGACGACUCAUCUGAGGACGAGGAAGGACCAGAGAAAGCCAAACCAGUGGCUAAACCAGCUACCCCAGCUUCAAAACCUGCAACCCCUGUUACAAAGGCUCCUGCUGCAGCAGAGAGCAGCUCAGACUCUUCCUCUGAGGAUGAGGAAGAGGCACCUAAAGGAAAACCUGCAGCAGCUAAACCAGCAACACCGGCCUCAAAGCCUGCUACUCCUGCAGCAAAGCCUGCUGCAGAGAGCAGCUCAGACUCUUCCUCUGAAGAUGAAGAGGCACCAGUCAAGGCUAAACCUGCAGCAGCCAAACCUGCAACUCCUGCAGCCAAGCCAGCUGCAGCAGAGAGCAGCUCAGACUCUGAUUCUUCUGAAGAUGAAGAACCGGUCAAAGCUAAACCUGCAGCAGCUAAACCAGCAACACCGGCCUCAAAGCCUGCAACUCCCGCAGCCAAGCCUGCUGCAGCAGAGAGCAGCUCAGACUCCUCUUCUGAAGAUGAAGAGGCACCAGUCAAGGCUAAACCUGCAGCUGCAAAGCCAGCUUCAAAACCUGCAACUCCUGCAGCAAAAACUCCUGCAGCAAAGCCUGCUGCAGCAGAGAGCAGCUCAGACUCCUCUUCUGAGGAUGAGGAAGAGGCACCUAAAGCAAAGCCAACAGCAGCUAAACCAGCCACACCAGCCUCAAAGCCUGCUACUCCCGCAGCCAAGCCUGCUGCAGAGAGCAGCUCAGACUCCUCCUCUGAGGAUGAAGAACCAGUCAAGGCUAAACCUGCAGCUGCAAAGCCAGCUUCAAAACCUGCAACUCCUGCAGCAAAGCCUGCUGCAGCAGCAGAGAGCAGCUCAGACUCUUCCUCUGAGGAUGAGGAAGAGGCACCUAAAGCAAAACCUGCAGCCGCUAAACCAGCCACACCGGCCUCAAAGCCUGCUACUCCUGCAGCAAAGCCUGCUGCAGAGAGCAGCUCAGACUCUGAUUCUUCUGAAGAUGACGAACCAGUCAAGGUAAAACCUGCAGCAGCCAAACCUGCAACACCAGCUUCAAAACCUGCAACUCCUGCAGCAAAGCCUGCUGCAGCUGCAGAGAGCAGCUCAGACUCCUCUUCUGAAGAUGAAGAGGCACCUAAAGCAAAACCUGCAGCAGCUAAAUCUGCAACGCCGGCAACUCCUGCAGCCAAGGCUCCUGCAGAUUCUAGUGAUGACAGCUCUAGCGAGGAGGAGGAGGAACCUAAGAAGGCAGCGCCGCCCCCACCGAAGCCUGCAGCCACAAAGCCGGCUGCAGUGCCCAAAAAGAAAGCAAAGGAGGAGAGCAGCUCCGACUCUUCAGACAGCUCCGAUUCAGAGACCGAGACAAAGUCGACGCCUGCCAAGCCGGCUGUCGCCAACGGCAAGGCCGCAACACCCAAAGCAGCCACCCCGGCAGCUGAGGCUCCCCCCGCCGCCAAACCGGCUGAGUCGUCAUCCAGCGACAGCAGCUCAGAGGAGGAAGAAGAGGCCGGUGCUGCAAAACCUGCAACACCUGCAGCUGCUGCAACACCCAAGACCACUCCAGCAGCUAAAGCUAAAGAGAGCAGCAGCUCGUCGGACAGUUCAGAGGAGGAGGAAGCCCCUCCCAAAGCAGCCACGGCUCCCUGCACCCCCAUACAGAACGGUACCAACGGAAAGAGAAAACGAGACGAGGAAUCCUCUGAAGGUGACGACGAAGAAGAAGAAGAUGAAGUGAACACGCCAAACAACAAAAUAACAUCGACCACCCCACAGACGUUUCCUAAAGCCAACAAGAAGUCCAACAUCCCGUUCCGCAGAAUAAGAGAGGAAGACGUAGAAGUGGACCCCCGACUAGCAGACAACUCUUUUGAUGCAAAGUACGGAGCGACGGGGGACUGGGGUCAGAAAGCCAACGACGUGCUCAAGUUCACAAAAGGAAAAUCAUUCCGCCACGAGAAGACGAAGAAGAAGAGAGGAAGCUACCGCGGCGGCGCCAUCUCCACCACCGUUAACUCUAUAAAGUUUGACAGUGACUGAGGACUCGAUCCGACCCCCCCCCCCCCCCCGAUACCUCACACCUGAACUCUACUGCACCUCUGUGAUCCUGGACUAUCAGUUAUCGGUUAACAGUCCCUCAAUCAUCAUCAUCGUCUUCAACCAGCAGAGGACUCUGGGAGGCAUGUGACCCGCAGAGCGCUUGUGUUUAGGUAGCUGCCCUUUGGUUGUCAUGGAGACCGUUUCUUUGUUCUUUAACCUGCAGCCAGAGUUUGUGUAACUCUGGCUGCAAGAGAGAGAGAGAGAUGUUCCCUGCUGUGAUUUCAAAUAUCAACGUGACAUUACCACUUAUAGCCACUAGGUGGCUGCAGGCCGCCUGUAAAUGGUGGAGAAAGUUUAAGUUGUCCCCUCCCCCUUUGGUAUUUUCCCCUUUAACCUCAAAUGACUUGUGUUAGCUCUUUGUUUUCAUCAGUCUGAGUUUGUAUCACAGCCGACCAAUCGGAGCCGUUUCUUUAAGAUGAGGAGGAAAAGGCUGACAUUAAUCUUUUUUUUUUUUUAAAUAGAUAGAUAAUAGAUUCUCAAGGUUUGUUUUGUCAGUUUUUAUUUGGCUUCUGUGUGCUGACCGUUUGUCCCCGGGUUGUUUCCUCUUCACGUUAAAUGAACAUUCAGAGAGUCGAGUUUUAUACUAUGUAUUUAUUACGUUUUAUUCCAGCUCAACUUUAAGGACCUUUAAAAGCCAUCUUGAAAUAUUCUGUGAAGCAAAGCCCCCUCCCCCGAUCUGUUCAUCCGUGGUUAAUUUUCUCUCCCAACUUCAGCAGAGCGCCAUGUUUGUUUCAGUUGCUUAAAUCGACUGGAUGAACUUUUGUGUACCUCUAAUUUUUUUUUAUUAACUCUUGUAGCGGUGAAUAAAAGUCUGACAGAUUAAAC